AUGGCCCCCAAGAUCGCUAUCGUCUUUUACUCCAUGUACGGCCACGUUGAGAAGCUGGCCCAGGCCGAGCUCAAGGGCAUCCAGGCCGCCGGCGGCAGCGCCGACCUCUUCCAGAUCCAGGAGACCCUCCCCCAGGAGGUCCUCGCCAAGAUGCACGCUCCCCAGAAGUCCUCCGUCCCCACCCUUGAGAAGCCCGAGCAGCUUCUCGAGUACGACGCUGUCCUCUUCGGUAUCCCCACCCGCUACGGUAACUUCCCUGCCCAGUGGAAGGCUUUCUGGGACCGCACCGGCGGUAUCUGGGCCACUGGUGGGUUCUUCGGCAAGUACGCUGGUCUGUUCGUCUCCACUGGUACCCUCGGUGGUGGCCAGGAGUCCACUGCUAUUGCUGCCAUGAGCACCCUCACCCACCACGGUUUCCUCUACGUUCCUCUCGGCUACAAGACUGCCUUCCCUCUCCUCUCCAACCUCGAGGAGAUCCACGGUGGUAGCGCCUGGGGUGCUGGUACCUUCGCUGGUGCCGACGGCUCUCGCCAGCCCACCGAGCUCGAGCUCCAGAUCGCUGAGACCCAGGGCAACACCGAACCCAAGUCCGAGGCCCAGCCUGCUCAGCAACAACCAGCAGCAACGAAGACACCGAAGACGGAGAAGCAGCAGAACGGCUCCGAAGCGAACAAGUCAGAGAAGGACAAUGAGGGGGGCCCUUGCGGUCUUCCCAAGAAGUGUAACAUUCUCUGA